AUGACGACAGUAUCGCUGAGCCGGCACGACAUCAACGUGCUCGAGAAGAUCAAGGACCCCGAGUCCAACCCGGCCGCAGGCGUCGUGAUUGACCCUGCGCUGCCCCGUGAUCCUCAAAUCGUCGAUCACAGCGUGUAUGAAAGAGUGGUGGAGAGAGAGCGCACCAUCAUCCGCACUCUUCAAGCCAUCGAGAUGCAGCUCAGCAGCUUCCAGAGCGAAGACGACGCCGACAAGGCUAUUGAGAGCUACAAAAGCUGUGUGUCAGACUUUAGCAAUCUCAUUUCAGAUUAUCCUCUCUAUGCUAGCGCCAGAAACAACCGAGCGCAAAUCAUGCGGCGGCUGUAUGGAGAUUGCAUGCUGCUCAACUACACAUCGACCAUGCCCAUGCCGCUGAUUCCCCAGCCAGAGCAGUCGGAGAAGAGAAAGGCGGCAAAGGAUGCACUUGAGGAUAUGGAAACUGCAAUCCGGCUGCUUACUCCACCCUCGCCAACAACUCCCAUGUCUUCACAGGCUGCGCGGACGCUGUCCAUGGCGCACACUCAACGAGCGGCAAUCUACCUGAGAACCGCCAAGCUCUUGUCAGAUCGCCAGUUGGACAUUGACGACAGCCGCGAGGAGGCCACUUGGUCCCGCAUAGAAUUUGAAGAAGCCGCCUCAAGAGACUUGGCGCUCGGAGGCAGAUAUGGAAACCAGAUUGCAAAGGCUUUGGCCGUCAGCGUCAACCCAACGGCGAAACUCUGCGGCCAGAUGGUUCGAGAAGCAAUGAAGAAGGAGUAUGGUCCCGCGUUUGAGAUGUAA